UAUGGCGUACCCGAAAUACAUUAUGAUAAAAGUAAAAGUUUAUAGUUCUUUCAAUGCGACUAUUAAGUAAUAUUAACUGAAGUUGUGUAUUUACUCGUUUUCCUAAUUCAUGUAAAACGACUUGAGAUUCAGAUUUUCAUUGCGAACUGUUCGCGGGAAUUCCAAUUGACGCAUGCGCGCUGUCUUGAACCAACUGCGCGCCAGAUCCUCCAAGAAAAAGAAGUGUUGCUUGUUAGCUGCUCUUGCCACGCACUGUCCUUCCCAAAAAAGAACCAACACAACCGCCGCCCAUUUCAAUAAAAUGUGGAACCAGGGAGGAUACAAUGAGUCAAGUAUGGCUGGUGGCUACACUCAGUCUCCCGGCGGUUUUGCGUCCCCUUCCUUGUCUCAGGGAGGAGAGAAAAAGGGGAGAACCAGAGUCUCACAGAUCAUCCCCUGCACGGUAUCCCAGUUGAUGUCUGCCACCCAGUCAGACGAGGCCUUUCAGAUUGGUGACGUGGAGGUGGCUCAGGUGACCCUGGUGGGAAUUAUUAGGAGCACGGACAAAUCGAUGACCAACAUCCAGUACAAGGUGGACGACAUGACGUGUGCCCCCAUGGAUGUGAAGCAGUGGGUCGACACUGAGGACCUCAAUGUGGACAGCUCCGUGCUACCUCCCGGCACAUACGUCAAAGUAUCGGGAAACAUUCGCUCCUUUCAGAAUAACAGGUCGGUGGUGGCAUUCAGCGUCAGGCCCCUGGAGGACAUGAACGAGAUCACGUCGCACAUGCUAGAGGUGGUCCAGGCGCACAUGGUGCUGAGCAAUCCUCAGGCCUCGGUCCAGCGAGCCGGAACAAUGAGUAGCAAUACGUCGUCCAUGUCGCGGCCUGGAGUUGACACGGGCUAUAUGGGCGCACGCAACAUGGCCGACAACGGCUUAAGCAGCGCUCAGAACCAGGUGCUGAGUCUGAUCAAAGGCUGUAUGGAUACACAAGGCAUCGGACUUCAGGAGCUGAAGAUGAGAUUGUCCAGUCUUAGUAUGAUGGCCAUCAAGCAAGCAGUGGAAUUCCUGAGCAACGAGGGUCACAUCUUCUCCACAAUCGAUGAAGACCACUUCAGGUCAACGGAUUGUGACAUGUAGUAAUUGCUUUAUCUUCUUUGUCCAAGAUGGAUGUUGCCGAAGGCGCUACUUUGUAAAUGUAAAAUUUUAUUUUUUUUGUUCUUGUAAAAAAAAAGUACUCGAGUCUUCACCUCAAAUAAACAAAAUACCAUUGUCAA